AGGUCCUGGGUUCAAUCCCCAGUACCAACCCCCCCCCAAAAUAAACCCACAAAAAACAAACACCAACUUAACUUUUGAAGAAACAAUGGCAUAAAACUUCCCACGUUUCAUGGAAAGUAUUAAUUCAAGAAACUCAGUAAGUUCCAAGUCCUCAUCCUAGACACAUAAAAAUAGGUCUAAAGAAAGCAUGGAGCAGGGUGUGGUAGCACACACCUGUAGUUCCAGCACUCUGGGAGGCUGAGGUACAGACUGGGCAACUUAGUGAGACCCUGUUUCAAAAUAAAAAGGGAAAAAAAAAGAAAAAAAGAAAAAGGGCUGGGGAUGUAACUCAGUAUGGAAGCCUUGGGUUUAAUCCCCAUUACCCCAAAAUAAAAAGAAACAGCUUAAAUGUGUGGUAAUACACUUGAAGGAUGCUGAUGCUGCAUCCCUCAACUAGCUCAUUUGUCCUCAUUUUCCACUUCAACUGAUUAUGAUCAUCUUGCUUGAUUAAAAGCAGUCAUAUAAGGAUUAUUUAUUAGGCAAAUGCUUAAUUAAGCUAGAUCAGUUAUUAAGCUGACACUUGAGGCUUAGGAAUAAAAGAAGUGGAAAUUUAAUAUCAAACUAUGGAGGAAGGAAAAGUGUGAUUAGUCAAUCAUAUCUUCUGUCAGACAGGCAAGCUUUUGAAUGUGCCCAUGCCUCCGAAGCCCUCGAAGCAUCAAUGAAAGGAGAAGGGCCUGGAGACAGCAUGUUCCAGGUACUUAGGAGUUGCCUAGUAACUUGUUGUUGGAGGGGGAGGGACUAGCUCAGGGCCCAGGGGAAGGUCUACACUAGGAUUCUGACUUCAGAAAGCUGGAGAGACAGAAGGCUGAGGACUAAAACAGAGAGGGUAAUUCUUAAUGGCAUCAGGAUCCCAAAGAUGACGAGCUGCCAGCCUGGACUGCCAGUAAUGCCCAGAACUGUACUGUGGCUCUGAACCACAUAGCCCGGAAUUUGAACUGGAGAACCAGCAUGCCCUGUUAAGUGGAAGUCCUCCCACUUCCAGACAUGGAGUCAUCUUACUCAUUUGGAGUGAUCCUUGCUGUCCUGGCCUUCCUCAUCAUUGCUGUAAAUGCACUAGUGGCUGUGGCUGUGCUGUUGUCAAUCCACAAGAACGAUGUUGGUCUCUGCUUCACUUUGAAUCUGACUGUGGCUGACAUCUUGAUUGGUGUGGCUAUCUCAGGCCUCGUCACAGACCAGCUCUUCAUCUCUGCUCAGCCCACACAGAAGACCCUGUGCAGACUUCGAAUGGCAUUUGUCACUUCUUCUGCAGCUGCCUCUGUGCUCACGGUCAUGCUGAUUGCCUUGGACAGGUACCUUGCUAUUAAGCAGCCCCUUCGCUACUUCCAGAUCAUGAGUGGGCUCAUGGCUGGGGCCUGCCUUGCUGGGCUGUGGUUGCUGUCUUACCUCAUUGGUUUCCUCCCACUCGGAGUCCCCAUGUUCCAGCAAACCACCUAUCAAAAGGUCUGCACUUUCUUUGCUGUAUUUCACCCUAGAUUUGUGCUGAUCCUCUCCUGUGCUGGAUUCUUCCCAGCCAUGCUCCUCUUUGUCUUCUUCUACUGUAACAUGCUCAAGAUUGCUUCCAUGCACACCCAGCAGAUCCGAAAGAUGGAACAUGCAGGAGCCAUGGUUGGAGCUUACCGGCCCUCACGGUGUCCCAGCGACUUCAAGGCUAUCCGCACCGUGUCUGUUCUCAUCGGGAGCUUCACUCUAUCCUGGUCCCCCUUCUUUAUCACCAGCAUUGUGCAGGUGGCCUGCCAGGAGUGCAACCUCUACCCAGUGCUGGAAAAGUACCUGUGGCUGCUUGGUGUAGGCAACUCCCUGCUUAACCCACUCAUCUAUGCCUAUCGGCAGAAGGAGGUACGGCAGCAGCUCUACUACAUGGCCUUGGGAGUGAAGAAGGGGCUCACAUCAUUCCUCCUUCUCUUCUCAGCCAGGAAUGGUGGUCCGGAUAGGCCCAGGGGAAGUUCCUGUCAUAUUGUCACCAUCUCCCACUUGGAGAUUGAUGGCUAAGAUGGUAAGGAAAGAGAAGUUUCAAAGCGCCUCUGCCCUCUUUACUCUGAGCCCCAACUAGGAGAUGGAGCUAGGGGAAUGACAGAACUGUCCUCAGGCAAUUGAUUACUCCACCUCCC